AUGCGAACUCUAAUUGCUAACCUGCGAUCGUUUCAGCAAGAUACUCUACAGAAGUCAAUAAGCGCUGGUGGACAUAUAACUGGUCAAAAUGAUGUCCCGCUUACACCUCUGCUCAGCGACGAAAAAGGUGAAAGUGCAUGGUUUGUGGCUGGUGUUAUGCCACUGGACAAAAAGAACACUUUUGAGCGAGUGCUUUGGCGAGCAUGUAGGCGAACGGCCUUUCUCGCACCCAUUAUCAAGUGUGUAUUCAUCGUGUUCUUCAAAGGACAGAGCCUGAAGCUAAUCGUUGAUAAAGUGUGUGAUGGCUUCAAUGCCAGACAAUAUCCGUGCCCGAAAACAUCGAAAGAACGGCAACAAGCACUUUUUGAGACGAUCGCUCGUAUUCAAGAUCUCAAGACUGUCAUCAAGAGCACUCAGGAACAUCGAUUUCAAAUUCUGACAAACGUUGCAAAGGAUCUGCCGAUCUGGUUGAAAAAAGUUCACUUGCAAAAGUCCAUUUAUGGCACGUUGAAUAGAUUUACGGUAGACACGAAUGGUUUCCUGGCAGCUGAAUGCUGGAUACCGGAAAAGGAGAUGGACACUGUUCAUGUAGCAUUGUGCGACGGAUUGAAAGCAAGUGGCUGCGAUGUGUCACCUAUUCUGAACGAAGUCGUUUCCCAAGGACCUCCACCGACAUUUCAUCGAACCAAUAAAUUUACCUCAGUAUUCCAAUCAAUUGUGGAUUCGUAUGGUGUAGCAAAUUACAGGGAAGUCAACCCAGCACCCUUUACGAUUAUUACAUUUCCCUUCUUAUUUGCUGUCAUGUUCGGCGAUUUGGCUCACGGAUUGAUACUAUUUUUGGCUGGAUUAUUUUUUGUUUUGAAUGAGAAGAAAAUCAUCGAAAAGAGGAUACGUGAUGAGAUAUUCAACACAUUCUUUGGUGGCCGCUAUAUUAUAGUUCUGAUGGGAUUAUUUUCCAUCUAUACUGGAAUCCUGUAUAAUGACGCGUUUGCGAAGUCCAUAAAUGUGUUUGGCAGCUCCUGGGCUAAUCCAUACAAUCAAAGUGAGAUUGAUUCUUGGCUUAACCCGAGGUCGGAUGCUCGGGAGUUAAGGCUCACGUCAGUAACGCUGGACCCAGCAACGGCGUUUUUGAAAGAGCGAGGACCAUAUCCAAUGGGAGUUGAUCCUGUCUGGAAUAUUGCUGUCAAUAAACUGUCGUUUUUGAAUUCGAUGAAAAUGAAAAUGUCUGUGAUCAUCGGUGUUCUUCAAAUGACAUUUGGUCUAUUUUUGUCAUUCUCGAAUCAUGUGUUCUUCAAAUCUACUGUUGAUAUCCUAACAAAUUUCCUACCUCAGAUGGUCUUUAUGAGCUGUAUUUUUAUCUACCUUUGUGCCCAAAUUGUGGCCAAAUGGGUGUUCUUUUCUGUUGAAAAGGGCAUUGUUUUAGGGAUGGAUUAUCCUGGAUCGUAUUGUGCUCCUUCACUAUUAAUUGGUCUCAUUAACAUGUUCAUGCUGAAAAACCGACCUGUAGGAUAUAUGGCAGAGCAGAACAGUACCGUACAUCAUCCUACAUGUUUUCUGAAUCAGUGGUAUCCGGACCAAGCAUUCGUCGAGAAAUGUUUGCUUUUCACUGCGGUGUGCUGUAUACCCGUCAUGUUGGCAGGUCGUCCUUUGGCGGCUUACUUCAAACAAAGGAAGAUGGCCGGACGGCGGAAGUUUUUGAAUGGAAUCGUAGAGGUAAGAGUUUUUUGA